AUUAACAUCCUAUCCCUUUCAAAGCUUUUUCAAGUCGUCGGUCCUCCUCUUGUCGCCGUAGCCUCCCGCGGGUCAGCAGUUAAAGCGAACCAAAAAAGGACUAAAAUGGCGCUUAGUCAAGGAACAAAGAAAAAAGUUUGCUACUACUACGACGGUGAUGUUGGAAAUUAUUACUAUGGCCAGGGACACCCCAUGAAACCCCACCGCAUCCGCAUGACUCAUAACUUGCUGCUCAACUAUGGGCUCUACAGAAAGAUGGAGAUAUAUCGUCCACACAAAGCCAGUGGCGAGGAGAUGACCAAGUAUCACAGCGAUGAUUACAUCAAAUUCCUGCGCUCCAUCCGUCCAGACAACAUGUCAGAGUACAGCAAGCAAAUGCAGCGGUUCAACGUAGGCGAAGAUUGUCCAGUGUUUGAUGGUUUAUUUGAGUUCUGCCAGCUCUCAGGAGGCGGCUCCGUUGCCGGUGCCGUCAAGUUAAACAAACAGCAGACAGACAUAGCGAUCAACUGGGCAGGUGGCCUGCAUCACGCCAAGAAGUCUGAGGCCUCAGGGUUUUGCUACGUCAAUGAUAUUGUCCUCGCCAUACUGGAAUUACUGAAGUACCACCAGAGAGUUCUGUAUAUAGACAUUGACAUCCAUCAUGGAGAUGGUGUGGAAGAGGCAUUCUACACCACAGACCGUGUCAUGACUGUGUCAUUCCACAAGUAUGGAGAGUACUUCCCCGGCACUGGAGACCUGAGAGAUAUUGGUGCCGGGAAGGGCAAAUAUUACGCUGUGAAUUACCCUCUGAGAGAUGGGAUUGACGACGAGUCUUAUGAAGCCAUAUUCAAGCCUAUCAUGGCCAAGGUGAUGGAGAUGUACCAGCCCAGUGCUGUGGUUCUGCAGUGCGGCGCAGACUCUUUGUCAGGCGACAGACUCGGCUGCUUCAACCUCACCAUUAAAGGACAUGCCAAGUGUGUGGAGUACAUGAAAAGCUUCAACCUGCCUCUCCUCAUGCUGGGAGGAGGCGGCUACACCAUCCGAAAUGUCGCACGCUGUUGGACCUAUGAAACCGCUGUCGCACUUGAUACGUCAAUCCCUAACGAACUCCCAUACAAUGACUACUUUGAGUACUUUGGACCAGACUUCAAACUGCACAUCAGCCCCUCCAACAUGACCAACCAGAACACCAGCGAUUACCUAGAGAAGAUUAAGCAGCGUUUAUUUGAGAACCUGCGCAUGCUGCCCCAUGCUCCUGGGGUACAGAUGCAGGCCAUCCCAGAAGACGCCGUACAGGAGGAUAGUGGCGACGAGGAAGAAGAGGAUCCCAGCAAACGCAUCUCCAUCCGCGCUCAUGACAAGAGGAUAGCGUGUGAGGAGGAGUUCUCUGACUCUGAGGACGAAGGUGAAGGAGGUCGCAGAAACACAGCCAACUUCAAGAAGGCCAAGCGAGCCAAGACCGAAGGGGAGAAAGAGAGUGAAGAAAAGGAGAAGAAAGGUGAGGAGGAAACAAAAGAAGUCAAAGAUGAAGAAAAGGCACCAGAGGAGGAGAAAAUGGACACAUCAAAGCCAAAAGAGGAGUCGAAGACACCUUAAGAUCCUCCCCAACCAAUGAUGCCAGAGCUGGGAAGAAAAGAUCAUAAAGGAACACGUUUUUUUUUUUUCUGUGUAUAAACACACACUUUGUGGGUGGGAGGGGUUUGCUUCUGUGGAAUACGUUAUGACCUGGGACAAAAAAAAGUAUUUGUUUUUCCCUCCUCUCCCUUCUAUCCCUCUUUGGACACUUUUCCAAUAUUACUAUGACGUGAAAGCAGAAAAAAAUUUGUAAGCUUAUCUUCCAAACCUUUUAUGCACCAACAUUUGGAUUUCUUGUCAGACAACUGUUCAAAAUAACUCGUUAGUUAUGGAUUUUUAUCUCGUGAAUUUAACUUAUUUAAAUCGUAGAUACUUUGACCCUAUACCCCUUUUGGGAGUUUUUUUUUUUAUGUCUUUAAGUCCCAAGUAUGUUGUGUGCCUUUGAGAGUAUAGUUAUUGCAUGUUUGUAUAAUAGAGCCUUUUCUAUAAUAAUUCUGUCUCAGUAGUCUUUCCUGCUAAAAUUGCAGUAAGUGUGUGUACCUGUGAUUUUUUUUUUUUUUUUUAAUUCUAAAUUUGAGACUUUCAUAAA